CCAUCUUUCUCUUUUAUAUCUCCUUCUCUCUCCUCAAUGUUUAAUAAUAACCAAUAUUGCAUCUCCGGUGACGAAGACUCCGUCGUCCUCCGCCUUGGACCUCCUGGUCAACAAUACCCUAACAAUCACAAAUCCACCAGCACUAAACCUUCUUCGAAUCACGAAAUCGAUCAUAAUCUCCCUUUAACAAACCCUAAUGACGUCACCGUUGCUCUUCAUAUCGGACCUCCGGUUUCCGAAAAAGAAACCAGCGGGAACCAUGAGGGUUUGACGGCGAGGCAGGGACAGUAUUGGAUUCCUUCUCUUUCUCAGAUCCUUGUCGGUCCCACUCAGUUCUCUUGUUCUGUCUGUAACAAAACUUUCAACCGCUUCAAUAACAUGCAGAUGCAUAUGUGGGGUCAUGGUUCGCAAUACCGAAAGGGUCCAGAAUCGCUGCGAGGGACGAAAUCAUCAUCUUCGAUACUAAGGCUGCCAUGUUACUGUUGUGCAGAAGGCUGUAAGAAUAACAUAGGCCAUCCAAGAGCAAAGCCUCUCAAAGACUUUAGAACGCUCCAAACGCAUUACAAGCGAAAGCACGGGGCGAAACCUUUUCGUUGCCGCAAAAAGUGCGAGAAGACAUUUGCGGUAAGAGGCGAUUGGAGAACGCACGAGAAGAAUUGUGGGAAGGUGUGGUUUUGCGUUUGCGGAUCGGAUUUUAAGCAUAAGAGGUCUCUCAAAGAUCACGUUAGGGCAUUUGGAGAUGGUCAUGCGGCUCACACUGUAGGUGAUCGUGUUGUAUCAAUUGGAGAAGGAGAUGAAGAUGAUGAUGAUGAUGACGAUUUUAUGGAGGAAGAAGAUGAACGAGAUGAUGAUGAAGAAGAAGAUGGUAAUGGAGAAAGUGGUCGUGGAGAGAAGAACUACGGGAUUAGAUAUGAACACUUUGGUCGUUAUGGUCAAAUUUCUAAUGACAACUAAUCAAAUGGCCAUUUUACGAUCCAUGGGUGUUAACUAGGGUUUGUUUAAGCGAGAUGUGUUUGAUAUUAUAUUCUUCAUCACGUUAGUGAAUUUUAAAGUAUCUUUUAGUAUGAAUUCCCGAAAUAAAUGUAGUGGCUUCGAUUGAUAAAAAAAAAAUGUAGUAGUUUGGAUUUUAACUGCG